AAAAAUCUGAAAUGGAGCCUUCUCGACCAAAGUCAUUGAUCUUGACUAAAAUUAGUUACAUUAGUCAUAUUGUGAAGUACUAUGGCUACAUCCACGAGUGAGCGAAGCUCUUCAGAUCUCUAUGUAAAGCUUCUAAACAAGAAUGGGAUAAGAACCAGAGAGCAAUCGUUAAUAUUAUCAUGAAAAACGAAGAAUCGAGGGCAAUAAUGGACUUUGGAGGACAAAUUAACAAAUUAGUUCUGAAUCAUUUGCUCAAAGGAGAUGAGUUCAUCUACUACAAAAUUUCAGUUAUCCUAAAAACCCGCUAUGAUUUUAGACAUAUGGCUAAAUUCAUAAGCCGAGUCCAUGCUCGAAGCACUGAGUUAAGAAUUCUCAUCCCAAACUUGUUUAAGAAGAUUAUAAUAAACUGCAGUGAGGAUGGUGAAAAUCUUCUUUCAUUCGUCAAAAUUUACAAAGAGUUGGGGUUCAACCUGGAUAACCUUGACUUCAUUUGUAUUUAUGAGCUCCGAUUCAUGAUUGAUACCCUACAGUAUGAGACUACUCUAAAACACUGAGAGAAAUCUAGCAGAUGAAACACUAUGUAUAUCGAUAGAAUAAAGCUGACAGAGGACUCCAUUUUGCUAAAUUACGAUGAGUGAAAAGUUAUGUGGCUAAAUCUUCAUCAAACAGAUCUCACUGUCCCACUUAAGAAGACUUUUAAAAUACUCAAGUUGAAAUUCUCGUAUUUCCCUUUACUAAUAAGGGAGAUUGAGAGGCUGAAAAUUAAGAAUGAAGUCUGCCACUCUUUUAACAUUUCUGGAACAUUUGACAGGUGAGUUGGUAUGGAUUUUUCAGAGAAGAAAGCACCCUUAGAAGAAUUCCUUAUAAACUGAAACUCAGCACUGAAGUACUUUCCAAAAGUUACUAGAAUUAUCUUAGACACUUUUGAUUCUAUGAAAAUGUUUAUUAACUGCAGGUUCUUCACUAAAGAUUGGGAUGAAAACUACAAAAAUUGUCAGAAAAUAAACUCGCUUUGUUACAGUUCCCAACAAAUGGAUGGGUCUGAGUGAUUGAUCCUGAACAAAGUUAAUGUUGAAUUCAUCAUGAAGGUCCCUAGCAAAGACACUAAAAGUGGCAAGUUUGUUAUACUCAGAGCUGAUAUAUUCUCAGUCACUUGCUAUGCUUACUCCUGAUUCGAGAAGAUAGACGAUGCAUUGCUCUUAAGAUUAGUUCCUGAACAAUAUUUGUGACCAGCAAGGAAAUAAAAUUGUUUCAAAACUCAUACAAUACAUGAAGCUAAGCAUCGAAAACUUUGAGUUAAUCUGUGAUGAGAAAGUAGCUGAAAUGGAUGGAAAAUAUUGAGACGUCAUCAAGAAGCUAUCCGUUGUUGAUGGACUCAAAGUAGGGGAUAUCUGAGUCUUGGAUGUCCAACAAAAGAUUCCUAAGCCUAGUUAUGAAUGUAUAAUGAUAACUACGAACAUUUCCCAAUUUUGAAAAGAAUCAAAUCAAGAUAUUAGGGAGCUUGAGAUCAUGCAAGAGGCCAAGUUUGAACAAGAAAUAAGAAAAUGUAGUACAAGCUACAGAAUUCAGGCUUUUGUUUUCUUGCUUUCUAAGAAAAAUAAAUGAGUUAUGUUUAAAAAUAUCUCUGAAAUUGUUAAAGAGCUGAAGAAUCAAAUAGUAUCGCUUCAUUUUGUCGAUAAAUUACAACAGCCUCUUCAUUUGACAAGUCUUGAUGAAAUAUUUGGAAGGUCUAGAGCUUUUGAACCCUCAGAUAACCAAAAUAGUGGAGGCUCCAAAGAUGAAGAAUCUAAACUUCCCCUAGAUGGCAUAAAUACAAUCAAAAUGAAUGCUUGCAGUAAGCCUGUCUCAGAGCAAACAGUGUUUUUGAGUUUUGUUGAAUCUCUUUCCCAAUGCCGCCUUCUUGAAUUCAUGUCUGACAUAGCGCUACCUAAUGACCCUAUUUGCACUAAUGAGUUAUUGCAAUUGUUCUGAACCAACCCUUCAUUGAGAUAUCUUGAGCUGGUUUUCGACCAUAAAAAUAGUGUACUGAAAGUACUUGGAGCUCUCAAAACCAACUUUGGGUUAAAGACUCUGAUCUUAAGUGAAAGCCACUCAUACACAAAGCAAGAACAGAGAAGACACGUACAAAAAGCAAAGAUAUUUGAAAAAGGCAGAACUGAGUUAGAACUAAUGAUUUACCUAAACAAUGAAGCAGUGUAUCCAGAUGUUUUCCCACCAUUUAGCACUUAUUACCUAUAA